AUGGAUAGAGAACAAGAAGAGAUGCAAUUUCUAGGGCUUUUUGGUGUGUUCAUAGAAGGCUACAAGAUAAUCAUCUCGUGCAGGAAGAUAUUCAGCCAAAUCACUCUAGCUUUGAUCCUCCCUCUAUCCUUCAUCUACCUAGCACAUAUUGAAGUAUCACACACACUCUUCUCAAAGAUCCUCCACACCGAAAACCAGCUCGACAACACCCGAGCCGGUACCACCAAAUACAACAAGCUCACCGACCACGUCUCCUCCGAAUGGACCACCUACUGGCUCUUCAAGUUUGCCUAUUUCACCUUCCUCCUCAUCUUCUCCCUCCUCUCCACCGCCGCGGUGGUGUACACCAUCGCCUGCGUGUACACGGCCCGCGAAUUCACCUUCAAAAAGGUCAUGAGUGUGGUCCCAAAGGUCUGGAAGAGACUCAUGGUCACUUUUUUGUGCACUUUCAUUGCCUUCUUUGGUUACAACAUAGUGGCUAUACUGGCCUUCGUCUUGUGGGCUGUCACAAUCUCGAACACAACAAUUGGUGUGGUGUUGUUCUUCGUUGGCCUAGCCUUGUAUGUGGUAGGGUUUGUGUAUUUGACCAUUGUUUGGCACCUGGCUAGCGUCGUGUCGGUGCUAGAGGACAUAUAUGGAUUCAAGGCCAUGGUGAAGAGCAAGGAGCUCAUAAAGGGAAAGAUGUGGGUGGCCAUAGCUGUCUUUUUCAUGUUGAAUUUCUUUCUUGUGGUCAUACAAAGACUGUUUGAAGUGUAUGUUGUGCAUGGAGAGUCACUAGGUAUGUUGCGUAGGACAGUGUUUGGCAUAAUUUGUUUGUUGUUGCUUUUCAAGUUGAUUCUCUUUGGGCUUGUCAUCCAAACUGUGCUCUACUUCGUCUGCAAAUCGUAUCACCAUGAAAGUAUCGACAAGUCCGCCCUGUCCGAUCAUCUGGAGGUUUAUCUGGGAGAGUAUGAACCAUUGAAGGCCAAGGAUGUUCAGCUAGAGCCAUUCCAUGUUUGA